UGUCGUCUGCUAUUAUGUCAUGUCAAAUUGUCGUCUUCUAUCUAUAGAUAAAGUACCGUCGAUAUUGUUACACUUAGUUGCACAGGACUGGUUCCUAUUCAUGCUAUAACUGGUAACCAGCUCGAUAUACUAUAUAUACAAAAAUCUCGUGCAGUUCUCUCACAUUUGACUAGCUACAACGUCGUACUAUCAUCUAAACUAUUUAUUGGGAAAACGUUUCUACACGUCUGCAAUUUCACUUGCAAUUUCAAUGCCACGUGGUCGAAGGCGGGAACCUAUGCGUCGGAGGGCUCUUCGUAACAGAGACGCUCAACGAAAUGAAGGGCAAGCCAAUAUUGAGAGGCAUGAACAACAGGCAGAGGAGAGGGUUUUUCGGCCAAGGCAGGUCCAGAGAGGCAUAGCCGAACAGAUAGACGACCAGCAUGACGGCGACCCCACAGGCCGAGGUCAGAAACGUGGUGCAGACGCCUUGGAGGAGAAUGUGGUGGACAAUAGAGUUCAACAAUCCUCUGCUGACAUUUGGGUCCUUGGAGACUCGAUCCCAUAUUGGGCUGGAGUGUGGGCACAGGAUACGAACAAAUUGAACCUGCGCCUACCGGAUUUGACAAUUGACUGGCUGGGGGUGCGAGGCUUGCACUGGCAGAGUUUCAGACAACAAAUUGAAGCUAAGGUGCUUUUUUCUUCCCCUCCAUCAAUUAUAUUUUUGCAUCUAGGUGGGAAUGAUCUAACGGACUCCACAGUUGUUCAAAUUAAAAGGACAAUGGAAACUGAGAUAGAAUAUUUGCGUGAAGCCUUUCCCGAGUCUAUUAUAGUUUGGAUAGAUAUUCUGCAGAGGCAAGUCUGGAGAGGGGCCUUAAAGGGGUAUGAUGUAAUUGAACAAAAGCGUCUCCGUAUAAACAGGGCAGGCCGCAAGUUGGUUCGAUCCAUUGGUAGAUAUGAUGUUAUUCACCCCGAUAUUGAUGCCGAAACUCCAUUUUUUCGGCCAGAUGGCGUUCAUCUGAAUGAUGUAGGGCUAGAGUUUUACUUGGACUAUAUUAAGGAUUCAAUAUUAAAGAAUAUUUCGGAUAAUCGUUAGAAUUUUGGCGGAUAAAUUAUAAAUUUAUUGUGGCGGUAAAAUUCUGUCGGCCGUGGGAUGAACGGAUGCGGUGUCUGUGUGUUUGCGUUAAAGUUGUGUACCUUGGGGUGUCAUAUGUUUACCAGUUUGUGUUAACUGGAUAGUAAAAGGUUUUGCCCUAGUACUUGGCAAUUCCUAUCUAGCCUUGCGUAUGUUGCGUUGCUUUGCCUUGCUCUCAGUGGUGUCACUUUGCCUUGCCU